AUGGCCACACAAACCCAAUCCGCAGGACAGCGCAUUGCCAUUGUCUCCGUCUACGACAAGACUGGCCUGCUCGACCUUGCCAAGGGGCUGGUCCAGCAAAAUGUCCGCAUUCUGGCGUCCGGAGGAACAUCCAAGAUGAUCCGCGAGUCUGGGUUUCCCGUCGAGGACAUCUCGGCCAUCACCAAGGCCCCCGAAAUGCUGGCGGGCCGCGUCAAGACCCUUCACCCUGCCGUCCACGCCGGCAUCCUCGCACGCAACCUCGCCUCGGACGAGAAGGACCUGGCCGAGCAGAGCAUCGACAAGGUUGACUACGUCAUUUGCAACCUGUAUCCUUUCAAGGACACCGUCGCAAAGAUCAACGUCACCGUUCCCGAAGCUGUUGAGGAGAUUGAUAUUGGCGGCGUCACGCUGAUCCGUGCAGCUGCGAAGAACCACUCGCGCGUCACAAUUCUCUCGGACCCUGCCGACUACGCAGAGUUCCUCAAGGAGAUCGAGGCAGGUGAGGUGAAGGAGUCAAGCCGCCGGCUGUACGCCCUCAAGGCCUUUGAGCACACCGCGGACUACGAUGCGGCCAUCUCCGACUUCUUCCGAAAGCAAUAUGCCGCCGACGGUCUGCAAUACAUGGCCCUCCGGUACGGUGCCAACCCACACCAGAAGCCUGCAGCUUCCUACGUUAAGGAGGGGAAGCUUCCCUUCAAGGUGCUGGGUGGCUCUCCGGGGUACAUUAACCUGCUGGAUGCUCUGAACAGCUGGCCCUUGGUCAAGGAGCUCAAGCGAGCCCUGGGCAAGCCCGCAGCGGCCAGCUUCAAGCAUGUCUCACCCGCAGGCGCGGCUAUUGGCCUCCCCCUUACCGCCGAAGAGAAGAAGGUCUACUUUGUCGAGGAUAUUCCCGGCAUCGAUGAGUCCGGUCUGGCCCAGGCCUACGCCCGUGCCCGCGGUGCCGACCGCAUGAGCAGCUUUGGUGACUUCAUCGCUCUGAGCGAUGUCGUGGACAUGGCCACUGCCAGCAUUAUUUCCAAGGAGGUUUCAGACGGUGUCAUCGCCCCCGGCUACGAGUCUGCGGCUCUGGAGAUUCUUAAGAAGAAGAAGGGUGGCAAAUACCUCGUCCUGCAGAUGGACCCUGAAUUCGAGCCCAACCCCAAGGAGACUCGCACCGUCUACGGCAUCACGCUUGCUCAGCAGCGCAACGACUUCGAGAUCAGCCCCAAGUCGUUCGGUACCGUCAUCACCCCCAAGGAUGCUAACGUCCCUGAGAAUGCUCUUCGUGAUCUCACGAUCGCUACCAUUGCCCUGAAGUACACGCAGAGUAACUCUGUCUGUUACGCUGCCAGAGGCCAGGUUGUCGGUCUCGGCGCCGGCCAGCAGUCGCGCAUUCACUGCACGCGUCUGGCUGGUGACAAGGCCGACAACUGGUGGUUGCGAUUCCACCCUCGUGUCCUCGGCAUCAAGUGGAAGAAGGGCACCAAGCGCCCCGACAAGAGCAACGCGAUCGACCUGCUCGUCAGCGGCCAGCUGCCCAAGGAUGGACCGGAGAGGCAGGCUUUCGAGGCAGCCUUCGACGAUGUUCCCAAGGCGUUCACCCCCGAGGAGCGGGAGGAGUGGCUUGGUAAGCUCACUGAUGUCGCCGUGUCGAGUGAUGCUUUCUUCCCCUUCACCGACAACGUCUACCGUGUCGCAAAGUCCGGAGUCAAGUACAUCGCGGCUCCAGGCGGCAGCCAGAACGACCAGCCCGUCUUCGAGACGGCAGAGAACCUGGGCAUCACCUUCAUCGAGCAGAACAUCCGCCUUUUCCACCACUAA